AUGGCAAACUUACCAUGCACAGUCAUACCACCAACACCUGGGCUCCCUUACCACCUGCCUGACGAGAUACUCAUAUGUAUUGCCCAACUCACCGACAAUGAGGAUCUCUCAAACAUACGUGCCGUCUCCAAACUCUUCCACGACGAGACGCAGGACCGAUUCGCUGACCCCUACUUUACCAAUGCCUACUGUCCAGCAACACCCACAGGUCUUGCCCACCUCAUCAAAAUCUCUCAGCUUCCCUUGCUCUCGCAAAAAGUUCGUAGUGUCCUUGGUCUCAGCCAAGCACUACCUGGACAAAAAGGACGGUCGUCGAUUGUCAGCGGUAGCCGUGCACUCUGGAAAGCAUACGAUGACAUUACCAUCCCCAUGCAAGCUCGCAACUUUGCCAUCGUAUUGAUCGAUGACUUGUCACUGCGAGGCCAAAACGAAGCGACCAUGGAUUACGCUUCCCACUUGACCUCCUACUGCGAUCCUCAACAAUUCACAGUCGACGUCCAAGACUCUGCCACUCCAACGUGA